UCAACAGGUGGCGGCGCUGAUUGAGCAGGUGGACCGCUCACAACUCGCUCUUUCUGGGCUGAUACCAUCAUGUUUCGCUGAAGCAUUAUUGUCCUUUGCAGCAAACCACCUGUCUGCCGUUGAAACUGGAGCGACUGUUCCAGAAUAAUCAUGUUUGACCUGAAGAAAAGGAACCGUUUGACGCUGAGAAGCAGCAGCCGGGAGGCAGAGGAGUUCAGGCGGGUGGCGGUCAGAAGAAAAGAUAAAGGUGCUGUGGGGGACAGCCACGCCUCAGAAGUAAGCAGUGGAGUGUGGGGCUCAUUCAACAGUGGCCUUGAUUGUGAUGGUACAAAUCCAAACUCUAAAGAGGAAACUGGUGACAAAAGCCCAGCAAGAUCAUCCUUAAAUCAAGCUCAUCUCCAGAGCCCACAAGGGGCAGAACAGGAUCCACCUCAAUUGACUGGCAAAAUUCAAGAUCAUAGUCCCAACAGGAAGUUUGGAGUUUCCAUUUCCUGUAUGAACCUAUCUCUGGGUUACCAAGGCUCCCCAAGUCCAGUUAGAGGUGAAGGAAGUGAUUUCUUAAGUGCUGUGCCUGGAGAACAAGUCUGCCCUUUUAGACCUGCUCAGGGGAUUUCAAAGCGUUCAAUCUUUCCAGUUCUAGGAUCUCCAAGCCCAAGCAAAUUAAGCAUCAAGAACUGUAGUCCACACAGAGAGAAAGACCACAGUCCAGCUAAGACGUCUCCAAGGAGCCACAGCUCUCUGACGGGAAAACUUCGUACCCCAAGUCCAGUUCUGAAGAGGAUGGGAACCUAUACUCCAGCAAGGAUCUCUAAAUCCUGGACGGGGCUGCACAAAAUCUCAAAUGAGAAAAACGAACAACCCAAGAAGAUAGCCGAGAAGUCUUUCAGUGUGCCCAGUGUGAUCGUCUGCAUGGAUGAAGACAGGCAUCUCAUUGAAAAGGUUGACUGCUCUCUGCUGCUGUCGGCUAACUGUAAUGGGUCUGCAACUGCCAUCAAGACACCUGUUAAAUGUCAGCUCUGCAUCAUUCCCGGAGGCCAUCAUUUAACCAACGGGUCAGAACCUGUCUCAGGUCAGCUGAAUGGCAUGGAGCAGGGGAAUGAAAGGCCAGCCAUAAAUUAUAUGGAAGCAGAUACAACACCCAGGAGAUCCAGGUUUUCCUGUGAGUGGACCAAAGGAAGCACAGCAGACGAGAAGACAAAAAUGCCCUUGGGAGUUGAAACAAAUGGAGAAGAGAAGAUGAGUGACGAGAAACAAAAUCACCCAAAAGAUGAAGAAGUUACAGAGAGGAAACUGUACAACAUAGCCAAUGAACUCCUGCAGACAGAGAGGGCUUAUGUGGCUCGUCUCCACCUGCUAGAUCAAGUCUUCUGUUUGCGCCUGGCACACGAGGCUGAUCGAGGCUCAUUUCCUCCGGAGGUCAUAAAAAACAUCUUCUCUAACAUUUCUUCAAUCUACUCCUUCCACAGCCAGUUUCUGCUCCCUGACCUUGAACAAUGCAUCUGCAGCUGGGGUCUAGGCCCAGGUCUGGGUAGGGCUCUUCUGCUGCAUGGACCCUUCCUGAGGAUGUAUGCGGACUACGUGAGGAACUUUGACCAGGCCAUGGAGCUGUUGAGGACAUGGACUGAACGCUCCUCUGCCUUUAGAAACAUCAUCCAAGACAUCCAGAGUCAGGAUGUGUGUGGAAACCUCACUCUGCAGCACCACAUGUUGGAACCAGUACAGAGAGUUCCACGUUAUGAGAUGCUGCUAAAGGAUUACCUGAAGAAGCUUCCUGAGGAUAACCCUGAUUAUGAGCCUGCUCAAAAAUCCUUGGAGGCGGUUUCCAUGGCAGCCACUCACUCCAACAGUGCCAUCCAUAAAGCUGAGAGCCUGAAACGGCUUCUGGAGAUAUAUGAGAUGGUUGGAGAAGAGGAAGUGGUCAACCCAACCAAUGAGUUUCUCAAAGAAGGUCGUCUGCUCAAGCUUGCCGCUAGAAACGCAUCAGCCAUGGAGAGACACCUGUUCCUGUUCAAUAACUUCCUGCUGUGCUGCUCAGCAAAGUUCAGCCUGGUUGGGCAGAAAUUUACUGUCCGUUGCAGGAUUGGAGUUGAUGGCAUGAAGGUGCAUCAGACCACUAAUGAAGACCACCUGUACACCUUCCAGGUGUCUGGAAAGGAGAAGAGCCUUGAGCUACAGGCUAGCUCUGAACAGGAUCGAGAUGAGUGGAUAGAGGUGAUUCAGGAAGCCAUCAAUGUGUUUCAGAAGAAAAAUGAAACCUUUAAAAUGGUGUCAAAGGAAUUAUACAUGGAAGAACCUGCAAAAGAACUUGGCCGUCGAGCUCCUCGCUGGAUCAGAGACAAUGAGGUGAACGUGUGUAUGAUAUGUCGGGAGCCUUUUAAUGCUCUCACCAGAAGAAGACACCACUGUCGAGCCUGUGGCUACGUGGUGUGUUGGAGGUGUUCCGAUAAUAAAGCGUCUUUGGAGUAUGAUGGUAACAAGCUAAAUAAAGUGUGUAAAGCUUGUUACUCCAUUCUGACUGGCCAGAGGGGUGAGAGAAUGGACAGGAAGAAGAGACGGAUGAUAGAGUCUGACACACAUGCAGGCCCUCAGGACAUCAUAAUGAGCAGUUACCUUCAGUAUGGUGACAACUCCAUGAUUUGGCAGCAAGUGUGGUGCAUCCUACCAGGAACCGAUCCUCCAGUCCUACAGCUCUACACGACUCCACAGGAUGAGAAGCCGUUGGUUUCCGUGCCGCUCCUUGGCUGUGUCAUCGAGGAUCUCCUGCAGGGUCAGCACUGCUUCUGUCUCAAAGAGUCCAGAACCUGCCAUAUUUUGUCCUGCGAGGAUUCUGACCUUAAGCAGAGCUGGCUGACUGUCCUCAAGCUUUCAGUGAUGAGAAAUCUGUGAUCGACGUUUGAGGCCGUUUGGAUUGAUGAUACGGGAACAGAUAAGAGAAUAUUUGGAAUGAGAGGAUGAGGGGUGUGUUUCAUUUUGAAGUGCUUGUACACUUUAUUUCUGAAAUGGUUUACAGUAAAAAUAAAUAAAGUGAAGGUGUUUUAACAUGUGUCGGACAAUCCCUUAAACUACAAACACGUUGGCUUCAGUUCUGUACAAGCUGUUGUGUGAAGAUGUAAAACAUUUAGCUUUAAGUUUCGGUGAGACAUAAAAGCUUUUGGAGAUCCUCAGCUGCUCUCUUUACAGGGAAAUGCAACAAGCUGAUAUUACAGACUUAACCAGGCAUGGGCCAGUGUGAUUUGAACGCCAUGGAAAAGUAAAAUAUUGUAUUUUAUUUUGAAAUGCCAGCACAAAAAUAAAUUUAUUUGAAAUGUAAUAAAUGCAAUUUAAAGUUAAAUGUAAAUUUAAAGUAUUUAAUUGGAGCCUAAACAAAUUUUAGUGAGUAGUUUCAAAGUGAAUGCUUGUUUCAAUGAAUAUAAAUAUAUAAAUAAUUUUUUUAAAUGUAUUUACUUGCAAGAUAAAUUUGAUUGAAGUUGAGUUGUAAAAAGAUAAUUCUAUUUUACUAAUUUCAAUAUGGCAUAAACACAAGGUGUUUACUGGAACAGCCUCAUUUACGCUUGUUCUCUGUAUGUCAGAUAAAACACCGCUGAUGGUUUAAAAUUUUUCAUUUUGAACAUUUGUAAACAAGAUCAUUAGAAACUUUACAAGGUAACCUGUUUUAUUCCUCAUGGAUUAAUUUAGCAGAAAAUUGUCUGUUGCUGCUUGACACUCUAGUACUUAUUUUGACAUCAGCGACUGAAUUAGACUCCUAAGCCUAGCAUAACUUUUAUUGGCCUGCCUUCAUUCUCUGUCUGGAAGAUGUCUGCUAAUUCUCUUAGCUGCUCGUGUUUCCACAAAUUUCAACUUGGCAUAGCUUGGUGUAGAGACAAGUGGUUCUCCUGAAGUUUCACUAGCCUUAAGAAGCUACUGCACCAUAUUUCUCUAAUGAACAUAGGUUUCCUUUGUCUAAAAGAAUUAACCCAAACCACUGACUUUGCUUUUUAGAUUAGAGGGAAUUUUCUGGAGGAACCUGUUGGCAUCUUGUGCUGCCCUGUUAGAAAGUUUUGAAACAGGAAGAGAAUAACUGAAAUACCUAUUAUCUAGCCUUUUUAAAACGUAAUGCACCUUUAAGCCUGUGACUGGCCCAUGCCUACAAGUAGUGUUUUGCUGCGUAAUAAAUAAAAUACAAAAAAAUAAACAGUUUUAGGUGAAGAGAAGCUGAUAUCCUGUCAUGUUUGCUGCAUGAUUUCACUAAAAGCACAGAGUUUGUAUUCUGUUUCUAAGAUAUGGUAAGAAAGGUGUGGUUCAAUGCUACUUAAAGCAUGUUUCUACUGUCUAAUGAUGCGAAUAAGCUACCAUGAACAUGAAUUGGUCAGAACAUUCAUAAAGUGAUGCCAUCUAAAAUGUGAUGUUACAGACAAUAUUCUGAAAGGCAGUGAAAAUAACGAGGCCCUGAUUUUGUCCUAGAGGCUGAAACACUAGAUCAAUCCAGCACAGGGAGACAUUAAGACCCCAUCACACACACACACACACACACACACACACACACACGUCUGUGUUAUUCACAGGAAGCACACCUCUCUUCUCUGAAAAAGUCCUUGGAUUUAUCCUCGGCUCCAUAUUUUUGUGCAAUUUGGUUGACUUGGUUGUUUCUUUCCUCUUAUCAGUCAGAUGUUAGAAGCUGUCCAAGAUACUGGCUCAGUGUAGAAACACCACAAUAGAUCACAACCUGAUCUAAGGAAUCCAAAUCAAGUAGAACUUGGCUGUGAUUUAGUGGGUAAAACAAGCACGGAGAACUAAACAUUAAUCCAGGAAAGUGUCCACAGGUUCAGACUGUGACAUGAAGAACCCCUUUUUGAAAUCAGCAACCAUCCCUCAGCUGCAGCACAAUUGCUCUGAGACCAGCAGGCUGUCGUAGCCGUAGAUUUCCAGCAGGUGGAGCAGGAAGAGCCUGUCUCCAUGUGGAUCCAAGCCCAUGGCCCUCACACUCUCCUGGGUGAUGGUGGGGUCCGAGCUCCCGGCCACUUCACUCAGAGUUUGGAAAAUCCUGUUGUUCUGCUCCAGGAAAAAC